UCUUCUUCUUCUUUAAAACCCGCUAUCUCCUUACCAGUACCAGUUCAAGCACUGAUUUUUUUCACUGAAGGUCUCCAAUUUCGCCGGAGGUGUGCACGGACAUCAAGCGAUCGUUUCUUUCUUGCCGCUAGUCACUACGGUAGAUCAUGGAGCUCUUCCCUGGUCGACCUGAACAACGCCAUUUGCUGCUUACUCAGCAUCAGUGAUCCGCGCGCAUGCGCCAGGCAGGGGCGUUGUCCAAUGUGCUUGCGAACGUAUUCUACCGGGCGAGUUGGCAGACCUGCAGAGGAACUGUCAGCCUCCAGUACCUUCUGUGGUACCAUGGGGCCAUCACCAGAGCAGAGGCAGAGGCAGUUCUGGCCAGCAAACGAGACUUUAGUUUCCUAGUCAGGAACAGCAAGAGUUGUCGUACAGACUACUCUCUCUCUAUCAGGUCAGGCCACCCCCUUCUCCCCUUACUACUCCUCCACCAUUGUCAUGUGUCUGUGAAUACACGCGUGUCGUUUCUUAUGUGGAACCCUUCUCAUUAAAAUGGGACAGAAGAACG